AUGGAGGGGAGUGACUCUCAGAGACCUCCGGUUUUGUACGUGGCCAUGGUUAAACAUGAGUUUGUGUGGAACAGAACACAGAGGACUCAGGACCACACCGGACAACGUGGAAGACGUAGCAGAUCCCCAUACAGGGGAGCCCAGAGAAGGAGGGCAGUUUCCCACAGCACAUCUGGCCUCCUCUCCAGCCCCACUGGCUGUAUCCAGCUGGACCGUAACUGCGAUGCUGUAGGAUUUUCCUCUGGCUACUCCUCGGAUGAGGAGGUUUCCCACUGGCCCAGGACCGACGACAGCCGCAGUUUGGCCCAGUCUCCUGCAGAGGCAGGGAUUGGAUUCACAGAGUCACUCCGUUCCCCAGCACAUUUUCUGGCAAUGCUGUACUUCUGCUUGACCACAGCUUGGUACAGUCUGACCCCUGGAUCGUCUUUCCUGGAUGACCAGAUAUCUGAUGUUACUUUGUUGGCUAUAAAGGAGCAGAUCUAUGCUGACCUUCAUAAACAUGAGGCCAAAUGGUCUGAGAGCAGAGACAAAGAUUUGGAGAAAUUAAUGAGGGAGAUUGCGCUGUUAAAACAGGACAGAGAGACACAGAGGCUUAUGACUGAGAGGCUGAAAACUGACAUGGCGAAUCUGAGGGUGGGAGCAGAGAAUGUGGAGUCUGAUGUGCACAGGCAGUGGGAACAGGAGAUGACUGAAAUGCACAGUCAGAUUACUGGCUUAAAAGAACAUGUGUCCCAUCUCCAGUCAACUUCUGACCUACUUCAACAGAGAAUGGACACACAGGAGAAUCAGCAUUCUGAGAUGACCCCUGGACGGAAGCUGGAGGUUCCUAGUUGGCUGUUGAAGUUCCUGUCUUCAAGAUUAGUUGUCACUUACCUGAAUUUGGUAAAGCGGCCAGAUCUCCAGAGGGAACUGGAGGAUCUGGAAAAGAGACUACUGGAGCGCCUGAGGCAGGACAGAGAGGAGCAGAAGACAGAUGUGUGGAGAAGUGUGGGAGAGACUCUCCGACAGGAAGGAGCGGGAGCCGUCACCAUCCAGGACAUGGAGCAGAUAGUACGUAGAGCCCUGAGUCUGCACAGAGCCGACGGGAUCGGGAUGGCAGACUACGCUCUGGAAUCUGCAGGCGCAAGUGUGAUAAACAGCCGUCGUUCUGAGACGUACCAGACCAGGGCAGCGUACUUGAGUCUGUUUGGGCUCCCUUUGUUUUAUCUGUCAGAGAGCCCUCGUACCGUUAUACAGCCUGAGGUCCACCCCGGAAAAUGCUGGGCUUUCCGUGGUAGCGAGGGAUUCUUGGGGAUAUCUCUGUCCUACCCAGUCCAGAUCACUCACGUCACCCUGGAACAUCUUCCAAAAGUCCUCUCUCCGCUGGGACAUAUCGACAGUGCACCACGGGACUUUGCCGUUUAUGGUAUGUCCAGUGAGAAUGAAGAGGGAACUCUUCUCGGGAGGUUCACAUAUGAUCAUGAAGGAGAGUCCAUUCAGACUUUCAAACUGCCGGACCCUCAGGGACAGAUUCAUAAGAUGGUGGAGCUCCAUAUCCUGAGUAACUGGGGACACCCCGAGUAUACUUGUGUUUACCGGUUUCGGGUUCACGGGAAACCAUUGUCCACCUGA